ACUCCAGUCACUACUCCCACCACCCCAGACACUACACCCUCCACCCCAGACACUACAACACCUACCACCGGGACAAUCUCAGAUGGCGUUUGUAUCGUGUCAGGAGAUCCUCACUACAUAACCUUCGACCAAAGGAAGUUUACCUUCCUGGGGACCUGCACCUACACUCUUGCCAGAAGUUGCGAGAAUAAGACAGGACCCUGGUUCAGCAUCGAAGGCAAGAAUGAGGAGAGGGGAUUACCUGGAGCCACUUACCUCAGAAAACUUUACAUCACCGUUGACGACAUCACCAUUACUCUGAUGAAAAACAGGCGAAUCCUGGUGGGCCAAACAAGGGUGAGGCUGCCAAAGCAAGUGGGCAGAGUCCAUCUCUCUCAGUCCGGCCAAUACGUCAUGGUCCAGACAGAUUUUGGCCUGCAGCUACAAUACGACGGGAACCAUUUUGUGAAGAUAACUGUACCGGGCAACUAUUACCAACAGAUGUGCGGAUUCUGUGGUGACUUUAACGGUCAUUCUGUUGAUGAUUACCGGAUGCCAGAUGGGUCCUUGGCGGUGAAUGACACCAUAUUUGGAGAGAGCUGGAAGACGAAAGAUGACGAGGAUGAGAGGUGUAAGACUAUUGUCCCAGCUCCAUGCGAGAAAGAAAUCCUUGACAAAGUGAUCAGCGAUGACCAGUGUGGACUCAUCAUUGAUGCGACAGGACCGUUCAGGGACUGUGUUAAGAUUGUGGACCCCAUGCCUUACUUCAACAACUGCGUGUAUGACAUGUGUCAGUUCCAGGGUUUCCAACCACCUCUGUGUGACCAGCUUCAGGCCUACACUGAUAUCUGUCUAUCUGCCGGAGCCACUGUGCACAACUGGAGGACUCCAGAUUUUUGCACUCCACUCUGCCCGUCAAACUCCCACUACAACGUAUGUGCCAGCAUUUGCCCAGAGACAUGUAGCCAACUCAACAGUUCUGACUGUUCAAAGAAAUGCAUUGAAGGAUGUAGCUGUGACCCUGGGUAUGUUCUCAGUGACAGUCAGUGUGUCCCCCGCUCUGACUGUGGAUGCUCUGACGAUGAAGGCAAUUAUCACCUGAUCAAUGAGUCUUGGUACUUAUCAGGCUGCGGCAAGAAAUGUACCUGCGCCAGUCCAAAGAACGUCUUCUGUCAGGAUGCGGGUUGCUCGCCAUCGGAGGUGUGCAAGCUGCUGGGCGGAGUUUAUGGCUGCCACUCAAAGGGCCAUGAAACAUGCAGCGCCUCAGGGGACCCCCACUACAAGACGUUCGACAAGCUCUCGUACAACUUCAUGGGGAACUGCACUUACACCUUCUCCAAGCUCUGCAACGCCUCGUCCGACCUGCCCAACUUCAACGUGGAGACCACAAACGAGCACCGAGGCAAGAACACGCGGGUCUCCUACGUCAAGGCCGUUCACGUUGACGUCCACGGUCUCAACGUGACCAUAAUGAAGAACCGAAAAGUCAUUCUAAACGGACGGCUGGUCAACACGCCCAUCCUCUUUGAUGACAAGCUGGAGAUCCGCAUCAGCGGCCGUUACGUCUCCCUGGAGACGGACUUCGGCCUGAGGGUGCGCUACGACGGGAACCAUCAUGUUGACGUCACCGUCCCCUCUUCCUAUGAAGGAGAGCUGUGCGGCCUCUGUGGUAACUACAACGGAGACCAUUCUGAUGACAAACGCAAGCCCAACGGUGACAUCACCAGCAGCUCUACUGAAUUUGGGGCCAGUUGGCUGGUAUCAGACCCGGACACUGAGUGCACCCACGAUGACACUCCCAGGGACUGUGAUAAGGAUGAAUUUAAGAAACCCGAGAGUUGUGGAUUUAUGAAAGACCCGAAGGGUCCCUUCCGAGAGUGCAACAAGCACAUCCCACCAGACAGCUACUUUGAGGACUGUGUGUACGACAUGUCCUGUGGGACUGGUGACAUGGCAUCGCUCUGCUUCGCCCUGGGAUCCUAUGCCACACUCUGCGCCAAAGCCGGAUUCCCCGUCAGCUGGAGAAACCAGACCUUCUGCCCUCUGAAUUGCCCGGCCAAUAGUCACUAUGAGCCCUGUGCCAGUGCCUGCCCUGCGUCCUGUACUGACCUAUCAGCCCCCAGCGACUGCAGUGGACCGUGUGUGGAGGACUGUGUCUGUGAUGUGCGCCACAUCUUGAGUGGGGACCAGUGCGUCCCCUUCACUCAGUGCGGCUGUGUGGACCCUGACAGGAACUACCGGCUGCUGGGAGAGUCCUGGAUGGCAAAUGAAGACUGUACCAAACGCUGCACCUGCUCCAGCCCCAGCAACAUCACGUGUGAGGAGUGGCAGUGUGGGCCCCUGGACAAGUGCAAGGUGUUGGACGGUGACCUGGGCUGUAUCACAUCAGGCACUGCCUCCUGUCACAUUGCCGGUGACCCCCACUACUACACCUUUGACAACGUCAUGCACACCUUCCUGGGUACCUGCACCUACACCUUGGUCACCGUCUGCAACGCCACCAUGGUCACGCCGUUCACCGUCAGCGGCAAGAACGAGGAGCGGGGCAUGCCGUACGCCUCCUACCUCAGCGAGGUGCACGUCAAGGUCGAAGGCCUGAACAUCGCCAUGCAGAAGAGCAGGAGGUUGCUGCUCAAUGAUAAACUGAUCAGGACACCAUUUGAGGACAACGUAGCCGGAGUCAACAUCUACUCCAGUGGCAUCUACAACGUCCUCGAGACCAGGUUUGGGCUGAUGGUCAGGUUCGACGGCAACCAUCACCUGGAGAUUAAACUGCCAAACACGUACUUUGGAAAGGUGUGCGGUAUGUGCGGAAACUUUAACAAUGACCCAGCUGACGAGCUCCUGAUGUCCAACGGUCUCCAGGGUAAAAACGUCACCCAGUUUGGCAACAGUUGGCAGAUCCAGGGUGACAAGGACCCACGCUGCCAGUCCGAUGACAGGGAGGAUCUGGACCCGAUGUGUACGGCCGAAGAUAAGAAGGUGUGGACAGCCCAGUGCCAGGAGCUGUUAACAGCCAAGUACCAGCGGUGUCACAGCACCGUGAAGCCAGCUUCAUUCAUUGAGAACUGCGUGUUUGACAUGUGCAUGUACUCUGGCAUGAUCUCCACUCUCUGCGACAAUAUCCAGUCCUACAUUGAAGCCUGCAAGAGCGAGGGCAUUGACAUUAAGUGGAGGAACAGCACCUUCUGUCCCCUGCCCUGCCAGAAGAACAGCCACUACACCGAGUGUGCCACACCCUGCCCAGCUACCUGCACGGACAUCUACGCCCCCUCGACCUGUGAGAACCACCGGCCGUGCGUGGAGGGCUGCGAGUGUGAUGAGAACUUUGUGCUGAGCGAUGACCGAUGCGUGGCCUUGGCUGACUGUGGCUGCAUUGACUACAACGGUGACUACCAUGAGUCGGGCGAUACCUGGCUGAACAAGCACUGUGACACAAAGUGUACCUGCAAGAAAGGACACCUACGCUGCAAGAAACACAAGUGUGUGGAGAACUCAGUGUGUGCCUUGAAGAAGAACGGAAAAUACAAGUGUACACCGGUCGCUUUCGAGACGUGCCUGAUCUCGGGCGACCCUCACUAUCUGACCUUCGAUGGCCUCGCCCACCACUUCCAAGGCAAGGGCACUUACACCCUGGUCACCACCCACAACAUUUCCGAGGCCCUGCAGCCGUUCAACAUCGAAGGCAAGAAUGAAGUGAGGAACAGGAACACAAAGGUCUCCUACCUGUCUGCAGUUUACAUCAACGUUUACGGCCACUCCAUCGAAUUCCACAAGAAGAAACGUUUCUUGUUGGAUGAUGAAAGGGUGAUCCCACCUUACAAGUCGCGCGAAGGUUUCCAUGUCUACCAGAGAGCCAGGACCCUCUACCUGGAGACGGACUUUGGCGUCUCAGUCAACUUUGACGGGAGAGAAAAUGCAGAUAUUAUUAUCCCGAGCCUGUACAAGAGAAAGGUCCGAGGGCUGUGUGGCACAUACGACGGUAGGUACAGGAAUGACUUUACAUUGCCCGACGGAACACGUGUUUCCAGUCUGAAUGUGUUCGGGAACAGCUGGAAGGUAGAGGAUAGGGACGAUGAUGACUACGACUGGGAGGGAGAUGACGAUGACGACGACAAUGAGGAUGACAACGAAGAUAGCCGGAUGAGACAGAAGCCGCAGGAAUCCAACAGGCAGAGGUACAGGCGUGAACUCGUCGGCGAGGACACUGGUCCCGAGCCAGAGACAGGUUUUACAGCAGCGUGUAGCCCUGACCAGCUGGCUGUGAUGAACAGCACGGCUUACUGCUGGGCGAUUGCAGACCCUCAGGGGCCAUUCCGAGACUGCCAUCACAAUGUUGAUCCGGAGCAAUAUUACCAGAACUGUCUAUUUGACCUGUGCCAGUUCUACAACAAUUCCAAGAUGUUGUGUGCCAGCUACGAGACAUAUGUUCAGGUCUGCCAGGCAAAUGGGACCACCCUGUCAAACUGGAGGCAAGAAACCGGCUGUGCUAUGGCCUGCCCUCCGCACAGUACGUACAAGUCGUGCAUGGCUGCCUGUCCUCCCACCUGCGCCAACCUGGCUGCCCCUUCAGAAUGCGACGCUCCAUGCAUGGAAGGCUGCGAGUGUGACCGGGGCUUUGUCUACAGCAGUUUCAACUGUGUGCCUUACAGCCAGUGCGGCUGCACCUAUCGCAACAAGUAUUACCAGGUUGGUGAAAGGUUUGUCACAGACGAUUGCUCUGAAGACUGCACGUGUAACAUGACAGAAACUGUUGGGUGCUUCAGCAUGAGAUGCCCAGAGAACAGAACGUGUAGUGUCAUCAACGGCAACAGGGCCUGCGUCUUAGUGGGGCUUAACUGUUCGGCAGAUUUCUGUGAAAAUGGUGGCACAUGUCUGGCGACAAUAAAUGGACCUGUGUGUGUGUGUUCUCCAUCCUUCACAGGAAUAUACUGCGAGUAUGGUACAUGUGCAUCAAGCCCCUGUAAGAACGGAGGCACUUGCAUCCAGAAUGAAGACAAAUACGAGUGCUUAUGUCCUGCUUUGUAUGACGGUGACUUAUGUGAAGAUGUUACCAAGGUCAUCAUUGUUGCGGUAGUGGUGGUUGCUGUGGUCCUCCUCAUUGUCGGGGCAGUGCUGAUUUACUUCUGCUGCUGCAGGAAUAGAGGAUCAAAGAGAAGUGAUACAACGAGUGACAUUAGCUCCCUCAGCAGCGACAUCGAUUUGAAAGAAAUAAUCCGGCAAAUUGAAGAUGAUCAACGUCACGGUGGAAUAUCAAAUCCACGUUUCAGUUACUAACCCACCGGGACUGAACUGCAAAUUCAUUCGAAAUUGUACAUUUUAAGCACGUUAAGUUGUGUCCGGUGUGAAUUAUUGAAAAUGUUGUUUGUUAUCGUUUCCUUACCUGGGAUAUAUCAUACAGGUUGUUGCGAUUAGAACAACAUCAUAAGUUUCUCUUAAUUUAAAUUAUAAAAUGCUAAGCA